UGAACUCAUUCUAGUGUUAACAGAUUUUAGGCUCACACUAUGUCAUGUGUACUUUUCUGUUAUGAAUGUGAGUAAAAGGAUUUAAAUAUUUACGAGUGAUGAGUGAAUGAUUGAAUAUAAUUUUGCGAUGUUGUUGACUAUUGUUUGUUCGAACUUCAAUAAUGCUAUAUUAUGUUUUUUCUUCCUAAAUAUCAGAGAAAGGUAUCAUGGAGGAUUGAGGAUGAAGAAAAGAUAAAAAAGAAUUUCCAAACCAAAGCAUCUCAUAGAUUAUCUGAGAUGUUUAAAAAAGCUCGAACGCUAGGGGAAAAACCUGAUUGGAUGGGAGAGGAGGUUUGGAAUGCUCUUUUGGAGAAGUGGAACAUGCCACUUUAUAGACAAAAGUGUGAAACCACCAAGAAAAACAGGACAUCCGACAAGGGUGGUUGUUUGCACACUAGGGGAUCCACUAACGUGCAUGAGCAUGCUAUUCGUCUGUCACAGCAGCUUGGUCGGAAAGUCCAUGUCGAUGAAAUUUUUCAACAAACACAUAUUCGAGCAUCAACAGGAGAAUUUGUCGAUGAAAGGUCUAGGCAGACACAUGUUACAUGAACAAUUUCAAGCUAGAUUUUCUCAAGUAAUAUCUGAGACAGCAUCCGCUGGUCCUUCAACAUGUGCUCCCCUAGACCCUACAGAUGAGGAAAGAUUGAGGAACCAAUGUUGGUUUGAGGUUGUCGGUCGAAGGUACUAGAGGCGGGUAUAUGGCAUUGGAAAUGUCAGUGGUCGAGAUGACUGUGUCGAUAGUUACGUACAACAGACACUGGCAUCUUCUUCUCAGCAACCGAUUGUACACAACAUUUCUAACCUUGAAAAUAGAAUGGCAACUAAUAAGUUGUCGUUGAA